AUGGAUACCGAACGUUUCGACACUUCUGUUCCUCUCUGGAUCCUGCACGUGGACGGCUCGGCAAACCAGCAAGGCUGUGGUGCCGGCUUAGUGUUAACCACUCCGAAUGGUAGCAAAAUCAAGUAUGCCCUCCGAUUCGACUUCCGGACCUCCAAUAACGAGGUAGAAUAUAAGGCCCUCCUGGCUAGCCUUCGGCUAGCCCAGAGCAUGAGCGCGAGGCAGAUCAGCUACUACUACAAAAAAUUCCAGGCCUACGAGAUACGGCAGAUCCCCAGGUCGGAAAACAGCCAUGCCGAUGCGCUCUCCCGAUUGGCCUCGGCAAUAAAUGACAAGAUCGGAAGGAAGGUACCGGUGGAGAUAUUAUCCCAACCGAGUACAACCGACGCUGAGGAUGCGAACAUAUUAGUCAGGAGGUGUGACAAAUGCCAGCGGCUCGGUAGUGUCCCUCAUAUUCCUGCCGAGCCGCUGUCACCGAUCGUGAGCCCGUGGCCGUUCGCCCAGCGGGGACUAGAUCUAAUUGGUCCGAUGCCAGAGGGCAAGGGACAGGUCAAAUACGCUGUUGUUGCCGUAGACUACUUCACCAAAUGGGUAGAAGCCAAAGCCCUAGCGACAAUAACGGCAGCCAGAGUCGAAGAUUUCGUCUGGACGAAUAUUUGCUGCCGGUUCGGCAUCCCCUACGCCAUCGUCACGGAUAACGGCAGGCAGUUUGAUUCGGAAGUCUUUAGGGAAUUCUGUACCCGACUCAAUUUCAAUAUGUUCUUUGGGGAAUCCAGCACACCCCAAUCGAACGGACAGGUCGAAGCCAUGAAUAAAAUUGUCAAGGAGCUGUUGAAACGGCAGCUUGACAGAGCUAAAGGAGCCUGGCCGGAAAAGCUUCCAGAGGCACUAUAG